ACGAUUCACCUCAAAAGAGGAAAGUGACCUCAACAGUUGAGACAUUUUCCUUUUCAUCAGCUCGCUGGUCCUCUCACCUAACAAGAGGCACUCCUCCAUUAGGAGUCAUUGGCUACUCCUGUACCACCUUUCAUUUUAAUAUUUAUUAUUAUGCUGGCUGGUGUGGUCAUGAUCAGUGUUUCCACAACAGCUUAACUGUACUAAAUACACUGACCAUGAGCUGGACUCAGAUGCAUCCUAACGAUGAGUCCAUGAUGAAGAAAGUUCAUGCUGGGAUGGUGUCACUAGAUUUUGAUGGAACUGACUAUCUUUUUAUGGUCGGAGGGACAGGUUUGCCAGCUGUCAAGCAUUCUCAGUUUCAAUAUGAGCAGCUUAAGGAUGGCCGUACUCGUACUAAUGAACAGCUACUUUGCAAUCUAUCUAAUGGGCAAUUCACUGUUCCAUUUGUCAGUGGUCAGUGUUGUCCUCCUACUGGUAGUUUCACAAUCAACAAAAUAAAUGGAAAUAAAGGAAUAAUGUUUGGAGGAGUAGUACCUUAUCAUGGUUCUAGUAUGUCUACUAAUAAUGUGUUCAUAUUUAAUGUGACACAUAACACAAUA